CCCAGCCCUGCAGACGCAGCCCCCGGAGGCUGGCCCCCUCCCGCAAGGGGGCAUGGAGCAACCCCGCUUCCCCUACUUCCCAGAAGCUUGGCCCCGCCCUCCCCUUCUCAUAAACCACUUGCCGGCCCGCCCCUCAAUCCCACACCUUCCCUUGCUGCGGCAGCGUCUGUCCUGUCCCAUCAGUCCCGUCCUGUUCCAUCCCGGCCGCGGGACUCAGAGAUGCCGUCGCCAACGCCUCCAUCAGGCACAACAGAUGGUGCUCGUUCAGACGUGGGCCGCUGGGGUGGGAACCCCUGGCAGCCCCCCACCACACCUUCUCCGGAGCCGGAGCCAGAGCCAGACAGACGUUCUCGCCGAGAUGGCCGUUCCUUCUGGGCUCGCUGCUGUGGCUGCUGCUCAUGCAGGAAUACAGAUGAUGACUGGGGACCUCGUGGAGACCGAGGGGCUGGCUCCAGGGAUCGAGGGUCCGGCUCUGGGAGUCGAAGACCCGACUCCCGGGGCUCAGACUCCCGUCGGCCUGGUUCCCGGGGCAGCGGCGUGAACGCAGCUGGAGAUGGCACCAUCCGAGAGGGCAUGCUGGUGGUGAAGGGUGUGGAUCUGCUGAGUUCCCGCUCGGAUCAGAACCGCCGAGAGCACCAUACAGAUGAGUUUGAGUACGAUGAGCUGAUUAUCCGCCGUGGUCAGCCUUUCUACAUGGUCCUCCUCCUGUCUCGGCCCUACGAAUCCUCUGAUUAUGUCGCCCUGGAGCUGCUCAUUGGAAACAACCCUGAAGUGGGCAAGGGCACACACAUCAUCAUCCCAGUGGGCAAGGGGGGCAGUGGAGGCUGGAAGGCCCAGGUGACCAAGUCCAGUGGGCAGAAUCUGAAUCUGCGGGUCCACACCUCCCCCAACGCUAUCAUCGGCAAGUUUCAGUUCACGGUCCGCACACGCUCGGAAGCUGGCGAGUUCCAGUUGCCCUUUAACCCCCGCAAUGAAAUCUACAUCCUCUUCAAUCCCUGGUGCCCAGAGGACAUCGUGUAUGUGGACCACGAGGAUUGGCGGCAGGAGUACGUGCUUAACGAGUCCGGGAGAAUUUACUAUGGGACUGAAGCACAGAUUGGCGAGCGGACAUGGAACUACGGCCAGUUUGACCACGGAGUGCUGGAUGCCUGCCUGUACAUCCUGGACCGGCGGGGCAUGCCAUAUGCGGGCCGAGGGGACCCAGUCAGUGUCUCCCGGGUCAUCUCUGCCAUGGUGAACUCCUUGGAUGACAAUGGGGUCCUGAUUGGGAACUGGUCUGGCGAUUACUCCCGUGGCACCAACCCAUCAGCGUGGGUGGGCAGCGUGGAGAUCCUACUCAGCUAUCUCCGCACCGGCUAUUCUGUCCCCUAUGGCCAGUGCUGGGUCUUUGCCGGUGUGACCACCACAGUGCUGCGCUGCCUGGGCCUGGCCACCCGCACUGUCACCAACUUCAACUCUGCACAUGACACGGACACAUCCCUCACCAUGGACAUCUACUUUGAUGAGAACAUGAAGCCACUUGAGCACCUGAACCACGACUCUGUUUGGAACUUCCACGUGUGGAAUGACUGCUGGAUGAAGAGGCCGGAUCUGCCCUCAGGCUUCAACGGGUGGCAGGUUGUGGAUGCCACACCCCAGGAGACCAGCAGUGGCAUCUUCUGCUGUGGCCCCUGCUCCGUGGAGUCCAUCAAGAAUGGCCUGGUCUACAUGAAAUACGACACGCCAUUCAUUUUUGCUGAGGUGAACAGUGACAAGGUUUACUGGCAGCGGCAGAACGAUGGCAGCUUCAAGAUCGUGUACGUGGAGGAGAAGGCCAUUGGCACGCUCAUUGUCACCAAGGCCAUCGGCUCCCAUAUGCGAGAAGAUGUCACCCACAUCUAUAAGCACCCGGAAGGCUCCGAAGCAGAGAGGAAAGCAGUGGAGACAGCAGCUGCCCAUGGCAGCAAACCCAAUGUGUACGCCACCCGGGACUCGGCUGAGGAUGUGGCCGUGCAGGUGGAGGCGCAGGACGCAGUGAUGGGGCAGGACCUGACGGUCUGUGUGGUGCUGACCAACCGAGGUGGCAGCCGUCGCACUGUGAAGCUGCACCUCUACCUCUCCGUUACCUUCUACACUGGUGUCACUGGGUCCGUCUUUAAGGAGAGCAAGAAGGAAGUAGUGCUGGAGCCAGGGGCCUCGGAGCGGGUGACUAUGCCCGUGGCCUACAAGGAGUACCAGCCCCACCUCGUGGACCAGGGGGCCAUGCUGCUCAACGUCUCGGGCCACGUCAAGGAGAACGGGCAGGUGCUGGCCAAGCAGCACACCUUCCGUCUGCGCACCCCGGACCUCUCCCUCACGUUAUUGGGAGCAGCUGUGGUUGGCCAGGAGUGCGAAGUACAGAUCGUCUUCAAGAACCCCCUGCCUGUCACCCUCACCAACGUCGUCUUCCGGCUGGAGGGCUCCGGGCUGCAGAGACCCAAGAUCCUCAACGUUGGGGACAUUGGGGGCAACGAGACAGUGACACUGCGCCAGACGUUUGUGCCUGUGAGACCAGGCCCCCGCCAGCUCAUCGCCAGCUUGGACAGCCCACAGCUCUCCCAGGUGCAUGGUGUCAUCCAGGUGGAUGUGGCCCCAGCCGCUGGAGGUGGGGUCUUCUCAGAUGCCAGAGGCAACAGUCGCUCAGGAGAGACCAUCCCUAUGGCAUCUCGAGGUGAGGCUUAGCCCUCCACCAGGACCAACGGGACUGGAGUCAGAUGAGCAAGGACUCUGCCUUAAGACAGGGGCCCACUGCAGAGCAGCUCCCCCCGGACGCAGGUGGGGAGACCGGGGCACCUGGGGAGGAGCCAAUCCCACGUGCACGGAUGCUAAUAAACUGUUUUUUAAUGAAG